UUGAGAGCAAAUUUCAACGAUACCCAAAAGCGUUCUAUAAACGCUGGCAACGUCACAACCAGCAACAGCCGCCUUGCCGCUCGUUUUCACUAUUUCUACCAUGAGCCUCACAGUGACAUCCAGUGCCUCUGCUCGAUGAAUGUGCCGCUAUAAGAUAUGUGCUCCAUCAGACCUGCUGAGAAAAUGAGUCUAUGCCGAUGACAUGGCUACUAAAUCACAAUGCAUACAGCGAGAAACGCCGAGAAGUCGUAUACCCAAAACAACAGAGCAUCCAGAUCCAGCUGGGCUUCUUUUGACCGUGAUAUUCAACACCGAGGCGUCGUUCGGCGUAAUAUCGUGCUCUGUGACUGUUGUCCGUAUCUAAUCCUCCUUGAGAACGGGGACGGAGAUGAAUUUGUCUUGCGCACCGUGACCACCUUUGCCGCGAAGCACGGUCUCACUCUCGAGAUCGUCGCGCUUCCAGCCCAAACGCUCGCCAAUAGCAUCGUUCUUGACAUCGAUAUCACCGACGUCAGGGCUCCCAGCCAGCAUCUUGUUGGUGCCUUGCUUUUGCCACCAUUUCCAAUUCGCAGAGGGGUGUUGGAUAUAGUUGAUACGACGCUCGAGGUGAGACUCUUCGUCCACGGCACUUUCGUCGCGCUUCCAGCCCAAACGCUCGCCAAUGGCAUCGUUCUUGACAUCGAUGUCGCCGACGUCAGGGCUUCCGGCCAACAUCUUGUUUGUGCCUUGCUUUUGCCACCACUUCCAAUUCGCGGAGGGGUGUUGGAUAUAGUUGAUUCGGCGCUCAAGAUGACUUCCGUCCUCGUCCUCGUCCGGCAUGGGUCCAUGGGCGGGCCUGCCGCCACUGAGACCGCCUCGGUGGUAUGUGUGAUCCUGCUCAUAAGUGUGGCCAACGUGGGUGGUCUGAGGAGCAGGCAUGGCGCCCACCUGAGCCGAAACCAGGGCCAGGAUGAGAGCAGCUGUUGAUACGGUCAAUUUCAUGAUGUCGAAGUGUCUUUUGUAUAUAUUUGAGAUGCCUUUCCUGUAUAAA